CUACCUUACUCUCAAUCCACCAGAUUGACUUCGUUGUCCUCUUUCUCUCCGGGUCUAUCUGUAUAUCCAUCGCAAAAUCGGUGCCAGUGAGCACUGUCAAGGCCAUCGAUAUCUCCGAUGGAUAACGCGGCCGUGGCGUAUGUUUUGGGGGCCAGUCCAAGGAAACGACCUCGUGUAGACUCGGACCUCGACGCAGAGGAAGCAAAGGUGGCCGUGACGCGAACGGUGCCAAUGCAAGACGAAAUGAUAUGGUUCAAGGAUGGGAAUGUUACCCUGGAAGCCGGGGACAUUGCAUUUCGUGUGUACGGGGGGCUUCUAGCUCGCCACUCGGAGCCACUGGGCAAACUGAUCGACGAGGCUCCUAAGUCGUGGCAGUGGCUGACGGGUCUGCCAGUGGGACUCUGGUCCCAUUCCCGUUGUACGGUUCGGCUGGAGGACGCACCGGACGAAGUGCGCUGCUUGUUACGUAUUCUCAUUCUUGCGGAUCCAUUCUGUGGGAUCUCCACACGCAUGCCAUUCUCUGAUGUGGCCGCCCUCGUCCGACUUGGACACAAGUAUGAAAUCCAACACGUCCUCGAGGAGGGCCUGAGGCGCAUGAAGUCGUGCUUCAGCGACUCCUUUGAGGUUUGGGACAAGGCGAGCAAAUCGGGGGGAAACACUCUCAUGAGCUUCUCGGAGGAGGAUGCCAUCGCUGCCGUGAACAUUGCGCGUCUGACCGGCGCUACCAGCAUGCUGCCCACCGCUAUGUAUAGCUGCUGUCAGCGUACCCCGGAGGUCAUAACGAACGGGGUUCCCGGUCCCAACGGGAAGAUUGAACGCCUCAGUCCUGAAGACGUGUUGAUCUGCCUUGGCGCCCGCACGAUCCUCUGUCACCACAAUGUCAUCGCCGCGAUGAACAUCUGGAUACCGGAGCCAGAAUGUGACGUCCACGGGGCAGAAUGCAUGUGCGUCAGGGUGAUCAAUGCAACCUCUGCCGGGCUCCGUACCUACGAAGACAGCGGACUCGCCCACCACGACGCGUUGCAGGAUUGGACCGAUACCAUCGAGCAUGUUGCCGCCGA